CGCAAAGCACACCCAGAACGAGGCAACAGCCCAGGCGCAGACGUGGCGGAAGAGAAGCUGACUCUGGAAGAUUUCGACUUGGGCGGCGGUGUCUUCAGUGGGGGACGCGUUGAGCAGUCUGCUGAAGUUGAAGCUGAAGACCCGAGCGAGCACGCAAAGAAAGGGGAGCCGUGUGUGCCUGUCUCGAAAGCAGACACCGAGCGUGCGACAGGCUCGAAAAGGCGGCGGCUCAGCUCCAGCCUUGAGGCGAGUGCAAGUCCAGAGAUGGCUGACGCGUCUCAGCUGGAAGGCUUCCUCUCUAGUAGCUUAGAGAAUAGCUUGACGGAUGGCACUCAUGGCGCAUUCUCAGGGGCACAGCCAGAAAGCUCCCCCAGUAGCUUUGGGAGUACCUUGCCUGAUGGCGCUCAAAACGCUCUCGAGAAAUCAAAAGACAUUGAACAAAGAAAAACUCCACCAAGUAUCUCGCUAUCCCUCUAGUUCUCUAGAUUUUGCAGCCCCUGCACCAUGCGGCUUGAAGACUAGUAAACAGUAGCCAGCUUGCCCUCUAUCUCACUACCCCUUGCACACGUUUUACUAGCUUAUACAUAUAUGAGCAGCAGGAUUUUUUUUGCAACACUUUCGCCAAGUAAUGGCUUCGCCACUUUGUCACUGUCAUGCUGCGCAGUGCGAUGUGAUGCAGCGCCAGCACUACCCAUCCCCUUGAAGUUGAACCAAUGUGAAUCCAGUCGCAAAUUAACGACAACAACAGCACAAGACCCACCGUGCCCCCAGUAUGUAACGCAUCUAGACAACGGGGCCUCCGUUGAUUUUUUUUGCCACAUUUCAAAGUGGUGCC